CGUGCUGCGCGUUAUCCCACAUUUUCUCUUGCCCCUCUCCGCAUAUCUGCAGACGCCUCCAUGCCUUCGCGCAGCCCACACUCCACACUUCCUCACCCCGUACGCUCAGUUAGUAUUCUUAGCCAGCCCCUUGAGAUGUCUGUAAGCCCACCUUUCCGGCUGUCUCCCCGGCCAACUGGACGUCUGCCCGGUCCUCUUCCCUGCCAUUGUCGGCUCUCCUCUCUGGCCGAUAAACUACACCGCCUCCCCACCUCAAUAGCUUUCACACCCCCGUCCCCCUCCCUCACACUCUGUCUGCCGCUUCCUUCGCCCUAG